AAGUGCAGCUCUGGUGCUUCUCCACUCGUCUCAUCAAUGCAGCUUUCAUUCUCUCUCGGUGGGGCAAGAUGGAAGCUGUACAGAAGGACCACUGGUACUUCGUGGUACUCAUCUUUCUUCCUUUUCUUAAAGUUGCUGUCCAGCAGAUGGAGGCUGCUACAGUCCGUCUGGAGGAAGGGAUGGUUCUCAACUGUUUGUGUCCCUGGGACGGCAACCUCAGCAUGGUGUCCUGGACCAAAGUACCAGACAAAGAUCCGGUAGCUAUUUUCCAUCCAGAGUAUGGAGUGGUCUUUUCUCACCAUUACCGGGAAAGGAUAGAGUUCCUGAGGACCACGCCUAUGGACGGAAGUAUUUCCAUGAGGAAUGUCACUCACCAGGAUAUCGGGGUUUACCACUGCUCUGUUCAGACCUUCCCUCAAGGCCCCUGGACAAGGAACAUUCAGGUGGAAGAUUUAGAUGAGCCCCCAGAGGAAGACAACAGCACAGGGUCCCCCACCCCAGAGGUGAUCAAGACGGACACAGAGUUGUUGGCAGAGCCGGACAACAACCUGACCAUCAGCUGUAACCACGAGCACAAUGGUACCGUUUACCAGGUCAUUUUGGAGAAGAUGCCAUAUGGCCAGCCCUGGGGCAUUAUCGGUGUGUGUAAGAAGGUGGAAGGGGGCCUGUUGGGCGAGGACUACAGCGACAGGGUCAGGGUCAGCUGUGCAGACAGCCUGGAUGUCAGUCUGCACCUGACGGGUGUGGUGCAGGAAGAUGGUGGUUUCUACCGCUGCACCUUCAGCACAGAUGCAGGGGUGCGGACCACCACUGUGCUGCUCACUGUGCCCCCUCCAGGUGGAUUCAGCCUAUCUGUGUACAUGAUGUAUAUUUACAUUGGGGCUGGAGCUGCUGGGCUUAUUCUACUUAUUGCCAUCAUCAUACUAGCGGUGAAGCACAGAACGAACCCUGGAGCGUUUGGUAGGAUAGUCCGAUUCGUUUGGGCUGGUGUGAAGGCUCAUCUGAAACCUCACCUCAUCAGGAAGAAGAACAGGAGAGAGGAGUACAGAGUCAAACUGCACCCAUCUCAAAGACAGCCAAACUUCUAUGAGAACAUCUCUGUGUGUCCCAGGAUGGCAAAGGAGUCCAGGCAGAUACAAAAUUGCCCAGUCUAUGCCAACCUACAGACUGCACGAUCACACAAAACCAAACGUCAGCUUCAUAAUAAAUGAGCAUACAUAAAAUUUGACGCACUGCAUAAUGUGAAUGUGUAGGCUUUCACACACAAAGCAGAUUGAUUCCCAGUGGCUUAAAAAAAAAAGUAUUUAGACCCCUUCCCUUUUUGCACACAUUAUGGUAAUUUUCAGUGGAUAGAAUUGCAAUUUCUCAAUCUCAGUGUUGGUCAUCUUACUUUAAAAAAGUAAUUUGUUACAGUUAUAAAUAACUUCUCCCAAAAAGU